AUGCCAGCAGGGGAGGACCCAAGCGAUUUGGAAGCGAUCAAGUCCUUGGACCCCGACCUUGCAGGGCUUCUGCAAUGCAAAGACGUCUCGCUGAGGACUCAGGCCUUGCUCGCAACUAAGAAAGUGAAAACCAUCAGUCGCCUGUCGGCGAUGGCGGAUGACCGUCAGGGCGUUCGGGAGUUUUGCACGAAGGUCCUGGAGUUGGAACCUACGGCAAGCGAGGGCUUGGUGGAGGUGGCGUCCGUGGUGGAUGCAUGGGAGUCAGCGCGUGUGCGUGUGGAAGCCAGGAACAAGGCAGAGGCCGAGGCGGUGGUGGGUGGUCUUCCCAAGGUCGUGGCGCGGACUGAGCUGGCCCAGCUGAGAGAGAGGUUCGAGGCCUCUUUCUACAGCUUGCCGGACAAGUUGUUGCCGGCCAACGCCGCCCUGGAGCAACACUUUGGCAUGGUGGACAAUGGGGAAUUCCAAUAUCUUUCCCUGAAGGAGUAUGCGUCCAGGGAGGACGCGGCUCGGGAACCGUUUGCAGCUUCCAUUGACAGGAGCACGGGCACGAUCAAGGUCCGCAAGGGGCAGGUGUCGGUCUCGCUGCCCAAAACCGCAGAGGGGUUGCGUUUGCGGCUGCGUCUGGUGGCCCAUGCAUUUGUGCUUUGUUCAUUGCGCUACCCACAUGUGGCAUCCUUGAGAGGCAUUGCGCCGUCGCACUUCUACAACUACGCCGAUUUCCUUUUGGGCGAUUUCGUGCUAGGUUUGCAAGCUCGCGAUGCAGCGGGAGCAGCAGUAUCGUCCCCGGCCUUUGAGCAGAUGCUUGCCUACGAGUACCAACUGCGCAAAAGCAUGAUGAAGGGCUUGAACGAAGGCAAGAGCUUGGUGUUUGCCAUGGAGCAGUCUAUGGCCGAUUUGGUCCUAAAGGAGCGUUACUUCGUUACACCUUGUGCUUUGAGUGCCGUCAACCAGGCGGGUCCCGCAUUUCUGGCAAGGGGCCGGGAGCGCUCCCGCAGCCGUGGGCGGCAGGGCGGCCUCCAAAAAUGGCAAGGCAAAGGAAAGGGGAAGUCGCUCGGCCUUGCCAAGGUCUGGAAUAAGCUGAAGCGUGUUACAGAGGAUGGCCAGCAGAUUUGCUUCAAGUUCAACAACCCUAGCGAGCGUUGCAAGGGGCAGUGUGAGCGUGCUCAUGUGUGUCAACUAUGCCUGGGCAAGCACCCCGUGCAUGCCUGCCCGUCGAUGCGCGAGGACAAGUCAGGCGCUGCGCCGGCUGGGGCUGGCCAGGAGUGA